AUGGGAACAGUUGGGUUGAGGUAUUGGCCUCAAUUCAUCUAUGCAAUUGCAUUCUGCAUAAUUGCUAGCAGUGUUGCUGCUGAUGAUGAUAAGCCUUACUAUGAAAACCAACCAAACAAUUACCACCCAACACCAAGUCAUGGACAACAACCACCGUAUUACUACAAAUCUCCACCCCCACCAUCUCCAUAUGUCGACAAAUUCCCUCCAUAUUACUACAAAUCUCCCCCUCCACCAUCUCCAUCACCACUACCACCAUAUGUCUACAAAUCCCCCCCACCUCCAUCACCCUCUCCUCCCCCACCAUACAUUUACAACUCACCCCCACCUCCAUCCCCUUCACCCCCAUCUCCAUAUAUCUACAAGUCACCGCCUCCCCCACCAUAUUUCUAUAAAAGCCCACCACCACCCUCUCCAUCACCACCACCUUCAUAUGUCUACAAGUCACCUCCUCCACCAUCUCCCUCACCACCCCCAACAUAUGUUUAUAAUUCACCUCCUCCACCAUCUCCCUCACCACCUCCUCCAUACAUUUACAAGUCACCACCUCCUUCAUCUUCUUCACCUCCCCCACAAUAUGUUUACAAGAGUCCACCACCACCCUCUCCAUCACCACCACCUCCAUAUAUUAACAAGUCACCUCCUCCACCAUCCCCCUCACCACCUCCACCGUAUGUUUACAAGUCACCACCACCUCCUUCCCCUUCACCUCCUCCACCAUAUGUCUACAAGUCUCCUCCUCCACCAACUUCUUCUCCUCCCCCACCAUAUGUUUAUAACUCACCACCACCUCCAUCCCCUUCACCCCCACCACCAUAUGUCUACAAGUCUCCUCCUCCACCAUCUCCUUCACCACCACCACCAUAUGUGUACAAGUCUCCCCCGCCUCCAUCCCCCUCUCCUCCACCGCCAUAUGUCUACAAGUCACCACCUCCACCAUCUCCAUCUCCACCACCUCCAUAUGUUUAUAAGUCUCCCCCUCCUCCUUCACCUUCACCUCCUCCACCAUACGUCUAUCAGUCUCCACCUCCACCAUCACCUUCACCACCUCCUCCAUAUGUCUACAAGUCACCACCCCCACCAUCCCCUUCCCCACCUCCUCCAUAUGUUUACAAUUCUCCACCCCCACCUUCCCUUUCUCCUCCUCCACCAUACUAUUAUAAGUCUCCUCCUCCUCCUUCUCCUUCACCGCCUCUUCCAUAUGUGUACAAAUCUCCACCUCCACCAUCCCCUUCACCUCCACCUCCAUAUGUUUACAAUUCUCCACCUCCGCCGUCUCCUUCACCUCCUUCUCCCUAUGUCUAUAAAUCACCACCACCUCCUUCACCUGCACCACCUCCUCCAUACUACUACAAAUCUCCACCUCCACCUUCUCCAUCACCUCCUCCAACAUAUGUCUACAAGUCACCGCCACCUCCUUCACCUUCUCCACCGCCUCCUUAUAUUUACAAGUCUCCACCCCCACCAUCCCCUUCACCACCUCCUCCAUAUGUUUACAAGUCUCCCCCACCACCUUCCCAUUCUCCUCCUCCACCAUACUAUUACAAGUCUCCUCCUCCUCCUUCUCCUUCGCCGCCUCCUCCAUAUGUGUACAAAUCUCCACCUCCACCAUCCCCUUCACCCCCACCUCCAUAUGUUUACAAAUCUCCACCCCCGCCAUCUCCUUCACCUCCUCCACCUUAUGUCUAUAAGUCACCACCACCUCCCUCACCUUCACCACCUCCUCCAUACUACUAUAAAUCUCCACCUCCACCUUCUCCGUCACCUCCUCCACCAUAUUUCUACAAGUCACCGCCACCUCCUUCACCUUCACCGCCGCCUCCUUAUAUUUACAAGUCUCCACCCCCACCAUCUCCAUCACCUCCUCCAUAUCAUCCUUACCUCUAUAACUCACCCCCUCCUCCCAUCUAUUAA